AACAUGCUGCGCAGUUGGUUGUAGUUGCAUUGAAGAUACUUUGUAUAACAACAGUAGAAAAAUGAGUAUGUUGGUAAACUUAAUCACAAAUUUUGACAUGAGCAUCGUCUUAACGGCGAGCUGCGCUUUCGUUCUUGUUUUUUAUUACUGGUACAAACGACCAAAGAAUUUUCCGUCUGGUCCGAGAGGUAUUCCGCUUUUGGGUGUGGUGCCAUUCUUGAGCAAGCACACAGAAAAAGAUUUUAGGAAGUGGAGCAAGAAGUAUGGACCUAUGAUGUCUGUGCGAUUGGGUCAAAACGAUUGGAUUGUACUCGGCGACCACAAGACUAUAAACGAGUGCUUGGUGAAAGGCGGCAAUUCAUUUUCUGGUAGACCAGACCACCCUGUGUUUAAACAGUUUACAAAAAAUCACGGAGUGGCGAUGGUUGACUAUGGAGAUCACUGGAAAGUUCAACGACGUUUCGGGUUAACAACUCUUCGGGGGUUUGGUGUUGGCAAGCGAAGUAUGGAAGACCGCAUUGUGGAAGAAAUCGAAUACUUGAACAAUGCUAUUCGUUCACAUAACGGAAAACCUUUCAAUAUUUCGAAACUUUUCGCCAACGCGGUUUCGAAUAAUAUAUCCAGCAUUGUUAUGGGUGAAAGAAUGGAUUACAGUGACAAAAUAUUUGAAACAUUAACCCAAAGAACAACCGAGAGCGACAUGGCGGGAAAAAUUAUUCGAUUUUCUAUAUUUGUUCCUUCUUUGUGGAAUUUGCUUCUUCUAUUUUCAACACAAGCGUCAAAGCAGACAAGUGUUUUCAAUUCCAUUCGAGAAGCAAUCGUAAAUUGGGUUUCGCAACAUAAAUCAACUUAUGACGAACACAACGUUAGAGACUUUAUCGAUGCUUUUAUUGGAGAACAAAAGAAAGAAACCGAUGUUUCCUUUACGGAUUUGCAGUUGAUUCAAUACGUACGCGACUUGUACGUUGCUGGAACUGAAACAACAACAGUAACGUUGCGUUGGGCUGUGCGUUGCUUGAUUCAUUACCCGGAGAAACAAAACAAACUACGAAAGGAGAUCUUCGAUGUAAUCGGCCGAGAAAAGACACCUAGCAUGAAGGACAAAGCUCAAAUGCCUUACACAUGUGCAUUCAUGCAAGAAUUGUUUCGUUUCCGCACGCUUGUCCCUCUGGGUGUACCGCACAAGAUUAGCAAUGAUGUUCAAGUAGAAGGGUGGUCCAUUCCAAAGGGAACGUGGCUUUUAUGUAACCUAUGGGCGGUACACAACGAUCCUGAUGUGUGGGACGAACCAAGCAAGUUUAAACCUGAGCGUCACCUCGAUGAGAAAGGAAACUUUGUUCAGUCUAAACACGUGAUACCUUUCUCGGUGGGUCCACGUCAUUGCUUGGGAGAACAACUAGCUCGAAUGGAAAUCUUCAUCUUCCUGGUUUCAAUGGUUCAGAAGUUUGAGUUUCUUCCGGAUCCGAAUGAACCACGGUUGUCAGAGGUGCCGCAGGGCGUCGCGGGAAUGAUGUGUGUACCCCACCCGUUUAAACAAAUUGUAAAGGAAGUUUAAUAUUGCUGAUUGACAUUUCACUACUAAUUUAUAAAUUCAUUAUAAUAGAAGCAAUUAGUUUUAUAUUGUAUACACUCGUUUAACUCUAUUAAGCAAUCAAGGAUAAACAAGACAAUGAAUUGCUAUUAAAGCUUCUAUCAGGCUAUAUACUGCAGUUCUGCUGAAGCAAAAUUUAAUAAAAAAAAAUUAAAAAUUUCACUAGUGUUUUAAUUUAAUCGACGUAAAUAAACUGUUAUUCUGCGGAUGGUACCAAACCGGCAAAAAUUCUUGCCUAGUUUUGACGGUCGAAACGUUGGUUACAAUAAUGUUUUUAACUGCUGAUGCAAGAUACAGUCUUAAUAAACUUUAAAGGAGUAAGUUGGGAGAGAAGGGACACGUUUACCACAAUAUAUUUAAAUAACCUGAACGUGAUUCAAACAAAUAACAACGAUCUAUGAAAGUAGCGGUUUUAGAAUUCUUUGAAUGUUCUUUAUUUACUACCAAAUAGACAAAAAACUAAAAUUAUACGGUGUCCCAUCUUCUCCCACCAUAGUAUAGAUCUUUACAAAGAUUCUGUAAAUUUUUAAUAUGAAAUUAUUUUUAGAACAAGCCUUUCACGGUUUCACUAUACCGAUAGCGCGAAACGAAAUUUUAACACUUCCUAAAUAAACACGCGAAUUUUCUUCCACCAUUUAUUUUAUUGGUUGUGAUUCAGAUCAUCAAACAGCGGGUGGUCACCGAUCUAAGCGUUGUUGGUUAAGUUAAAAGAAACAAG